GAGGAACUUGAUUACAAACAACUCGGACUGUCCAAAGAGGUUAGAAUAUUAUGAUCUGUGCUAUCAUAAUACUUAAAUUCCGGCCAAAAGUUUUAGCGACAAGGAAAAUCUGCUUUUUUUCUAAAACAGGUUAGCUGGAAGCAAAUAAAAGUACUCUUCAGCCACUGGAUAAGCAUCACAUGCCAAGAUUCAAAUCUGUAGUAGCUGCUACGGGAGAUAUUUCUUCCCGAAACCACUUCCUAAACUGAUUAUAAAAAUGAACUUUGUAUGAGAGUAAUGAGAGCAUGGAACUACUCUGCCUGUUACCUUGGCUACGGUUUGUUUACACAAUAUGACACCGGUAAGCUGGGUGGACCGGUUAAAGAAAGCGGAGAAAAUAGGUGUGAUUGCGGAUGGUAAGCGUAAAAUUCAUUACAAACUGGAAGAUGGCCUUGAAAUGGUGGAAGAGUAUAGUCUGGACACAAAUGUUCUCGUAAGAAGGGCUUGGAGAGAUAGAAGGAAACUAUGUGGAAAUCAUCAGUGGGCAGUUGAAGUUGGUGAUCCAGAACCCCAGACAAAUAGUUUAGAUGCUGUUGGGAUCAAGGAAGAUGUUAAUUCACCAUAUGUUACAAUGAGAAUUACAAAAUCAUCUUUGGAAUGGAGGAUCAGAAACCUGCCUUACCCACUGGAUAUGUAUUCAGUAACAGCAGAUCCAGAAAAUAAAUGCAUAACAGUCCGUACGAGUAAUAAGAAAUAUUUCAAGAAAUUACUGGUUCCUGACCUUGAGAGAGCUGGUGUCAGUGUUCAGCAAAGCAGAAUACAAUAUACACAUAAGUACAACACAUUGGUUAUAACGUAUGAGAAACCUCCUGAGCUACUCCAGCUAGAAAAGCUUGUGUUUGAAGAAGUAAAGAAAGUUAAAACAAGAAAAGAGGAUGAUCCACAGUGUAACCCAAGUUGAAUAAUUGGAUGUUGAUAAAUCCAUUAGAUAUUGUUGAUCCAGCAUUUCACAAUUCGAUAAACAGAGGCUGUUUUUUAUAUGUUGUUACUAAUAAGCAUUUUGUUGAGCGAGGGAUUACUAGCUAAUUUGCAAACAUGCUCUAUUUUAUGGAUAUUUUUUCCCAUAAUGUAUAUAAUCAUAAAAGAAAGAAGGAAGUUGAUUGUACAAUGCCAAAUUGUACUUUUCUCUAUUCAUAUGCUGAAUGUAUACAAAACAAUGAGUGUAAAACGUUAAGACCUGAUGCUUGGCAUGUUUGUAUACCAGCUGUAUUUGGAAAGCAUCCUUUAAUUCCAAUUAGUGUCAGCUUCCAAGUGAGGAACAGGUAUACAGAAAAUGUAAACACUUACAUUGAGAGCAGUGAAACCCAUUAUUAACAAACAGAAAGUUAUAAAAUUUAUUGAUAAAAUUUCAUUUGUAUGUGACAUUUCCAGAAUUUUCUUGGUAGAAUGGAACACUGCAUUAAAUACAAAUACAGCAGACAACAAAAUCUAACAUUUUCUGUGUAUCUUUGGAGAAAGUAGUUAAUUAUUAUGUUGUUGUUUUUUUAGUAUUCUUUAAAGAAUAUGCAUUUAUUUACAUUAUUGUUUAGGCACAAUCACUUCUUCAGUUAUUGAUCACUGUACAGUAUGGUUGGUAAUUCUUUACCAAAUAUCCAAAUAUAAUCUGCUGACAUCAUUUCACUCCCAUUUUACAUAUACUUUAUUUCAUAACUGAAGUUUCUCAUUGAAACAGUUUCCUGUAUUUGUCACUUACAGCACCGUAGUUGUUAGGAAAUGGUCCAUGUGAGAUUCUUAGAAAUGUAGUGCUAAACAUGUGUUACAUGUCAUAGAAUUUUAGAUGAUAUUUUGAGGUCUACUUGCACACAAGAAUUACAAGCUAACUUCUCUUAAGUUAUUCAUUCUUAACUAGUUUGUGUACAUGCUGGCAAAUGAAAACUAUUUCCUUU